AUGACUGUGGGCCCGGCGGCUUGUUUUCAUUGGGGUCUUCUGCCUAUUUCAUCUAUGUCUACGCCAAAUUUGCAGAAGGCAAUUGACCUUGUUACAAAGGCAACUGAAGCUGAUAAAGCAAAGAAUUAUGAAGAAGCUCUUCAUGAAGCAUAUUCAGAUAAAUCCAAAGAAACUAUUCGUGAAAAAUGUGUAGCAUAUUUAGACAGAGCAGAGAAAAUCAAGGAAUAUAUAUCUUCGGGAAAAAAGAAAUCGCUGUGA